AUGGACUUUGAAGAUGACACCAAGCAGAGCUUCUAUGGGCACUUUCUUGAGAUGCAGACAGCUCUCGAGGCUCAAAUCGAGAAUCUCCCAGGCGUAGACGCCUCCGUGCGACCAGAAGCUAUAGACGCAUGCCUAGCGUCCAUAGCGCAGCUCUCGGGCGUCGUAAAGGACGCGAGCUCCUACCUGCCUGCUUAUGACCAGCGGUCGUACUCUGAGACGAUCCGCGACCUCUCUGAGAAGCUCGCAGAGAUGCGACGGUCCCUAGCACCGAAACAGAAGUUCUCGUUCAAGAACCGUAAGAAGGACACCAGCGCGGGCAUCGGCGGUGCUGUUAAAUUUUCCUCAACACAUAGCACAGAGAAGCCCGCGGCGGUCUCGGCUGUCCCCGAGGCCAAUAACCUCGUCAUAUCCCAGCAAUCCGGGAAAAACCUAUGCCCAGACCCACCAGCAGCGGCAAGCUCCUUCUCAUCACUGCUAUUGUCAGACAUUGAGGGAUGUGUGGUUUUGUUCCCAGCAGGGCGGACGUUCUUCAAGAGCGCAUCUGUGAAGGGCAUUAGCAGAUCAUUGUUGUUCCUAGGGGGUGCGGUGAAUGGGCCGCUACAUGUUACGGGAUUGAGGGAUGUGACCGUUGUGGUGGCAUGUAGGCAGUUGCGGAUGCAUGAGGCGGUGAAUGUGGACUUAUAUCUUCUGUGCACGUCAAGGCCGAUUAUCGAGGACUGCAGUGGGGUUAGAUUUGCGCCACUGGGGAAGGAGGGCUUGGGGGAGGCAUGGGAGGGGGUUCAAAGAAAUAUGUGGGACCAGGUUGACGACUUUAAGUGGUUGAAGAGUGAACAUAGUCCGAAUUGGGCGGUAUUGCCGGAGAGCGAGAGGGUGAGUGCGGAAAGGUGGGAAAAGGUUAGGGAAAUGGGGCUAGACGAGGGGUUGAAAGCCUUUGUUAACAAGAGCACUACUUUGUAG